CUGCCCCCCUCUCUCCACCUCGGCCUCGGGCCGCUCGGCGCCCGCCAUGCCGCCGGCCCCGCCCCCUGACCCGGAAGCGGCGCGCGGGGCCGGGGCCGCCAUGCAGAGAGAGGAGAAGCAGCUGGAGCUGACCCUGGAGGCGCUCAUCAGUCAGGUGGCCGACCUGAAGAACUCCUUGGUCAGUUUUAUCUACAAGCUGGAGAAUGAGUACGACCGACUCACGUGGCCUUCAGUUCUGGACAGCUUUGCGCUGCUCUCAGGGCAGCUGAACACCUUGAAUAAAGUGCUAAAGCACGAGAAGACCCCACUGUUGCGAAACCAGGUUAUCAUACCCCUAGUGCUGUCUCCAGACCGCGAUGAGGAGAUCAUGCGGCAGACAGAGGGGCGCGUGCCGGUGUUCAGCCAUGAGGUCGUGCCUGACCAUCUUCGAACUAAGCCUGACCCUGAGGUGGAGGAGCAGGAGAAGCAGCUGAUCACAGAUGCAGCUCGAAUUAGUCCUGAUGUGGCACAGAAACAGAUCCAAAGUCUGAACAAAAUGUGCUCAAAUCUGCUGGAGAAAAUCACUAAGGAGGAGCGUGAGUCUGAUAGCGGAGGUUUACGACAGAACAAGCAGACUUUCAACCCUGCAGAUACCAAUGCACUUGUAGCAGCUGUGGCCUUUGGGAAAGGACUGUCAAACCGGAGACCCCCUGGGUCUGGAGGAUCCGUCCAGACAGGCCAACCAGGAGCUGCUGCCAUCAUUGCCGGUGCCUCAGGCAUGCAGCAGGUCCCAAUGUCAGGUGCUCCAGCUCAGCAGCAGCCAAUGCUGGCAGGAGUGCAGAUGGCACAAGCAGGACAACCAGGAAAAAUCCCGAGUGGCAUAAAAACAAACAUCAAGUCUGCUUCAAUGCAUCCAUACCAGAGAUGAGCUGAGAUGAACCAGACCCAUGGAACAGCAGUUACCAGUAUUGUUCCUGCUGUGGCCACCACACCUGGAUUCCUUCUAGCAAUUCCUCCCUUCACAUACCUACACCUCAUAUCCAGGGAGACAGGGGUUGUGAGGCCCUUCCCUGGGUUUUAUUUAGCGCUGCGUGGCUUUUGUGGAGCUGCUAGUGGCGUUGUCUCCUGGAUGGAAGUAUUUGUUGAGUCAGAGUGGAGGACUUUGCAUCUGGUAUUGAUCCCAUCUUCUUCAGGUGUGGCCCAGAGGGCAAUUACCCUUUCCUGAUACAGAACCUGAAGAGCUGCAUGGAGUGCUCUAAUUCUUGUUUCUGCUUGUUCUGUAGGGAUGUUCUUUCUUUACUCUCUCUUGUUGAAUAAAGACCUUGUUAUGCAAACUGUGGGAC